CCGCCAUUUUUACUGCAGAAGAAGGAUGAACACUAACAUAGCAAUGCUAGCGACUUGCUAGAGUCUUCAGAGCGUACGAUGGAAUAAAGAUGCGUUUCAAAGUUUUCCCGCUUGUGUGCCUACGGUUCAAGAAACACACCGUGACCCCGUAACGCCAGUAGCCACGUGAAACGACUAACUAUGGAUAAAACGUUUAGUCAGUGGAAGAAGCAGUGUCUUAACAAGCUGGACCUGAGUAAGAAGGGCAGUGUGGAUGAAGCUAUCAAACACGUAGUGUCUCUGAUCAACAGCUGUGAGGAGUACUUCACCACCAGCUCCUGCUCUGGUAGAGUCAUCCUCAUCGACUGGGCUCCAGAGACAAGUGAUGUCCAGAAACAGAAUUGUGUUUGGCUGUUUGUCUCACAUCAGAAAUGCAAAUCUGAUGACCUGAUAUCUGGUCUGGCUGAGUCCAGCAGAGAUGCAGUGUUGAAGUUUGAGCCCUUUGUCCUCCAUGUUCAGUGUAGGCGGCUGGAUGAUGCACAGCUGAUGCAUUCAGUGGCCAUCAAUUCAGGCUUCAGGAACUCUGGUCUUACCGUCAGCAAGACCGGAAAAAUCAUCACGGCAGUCCGUAGCACCCAUGGCCUGGAGGUUCCCCUUAGCCGCGAGGGAAAGCUCCUGGUUGAACAUGAAUACAUCCAUUUCCUAACUCAGAUAGCCAAUCAGAAGAUGGAGGAGAACUUUCGACGGAUCCACAGGUUCUAUCAGAAUCUCCAGUCAGCCCUGCCUACAGAGAAACUCCAAAAACUCCAAAUCCCAGAUUCUCCCAUUUCACAGGAAUUACACGAUUCCUCUCCAAGACUGGAGACAGUAAAGGGGGAACAAGAAGAAGAAGGAAAGGAGGAGAAGAACAAAACAAGUGUGUAUAAACGGAGGCGGAAAAGAGAAAAACAGUAUCAGACAGACUGUUGUCAUGGCGAUGGGUCCAGCAGUGUGCCAGAGCUGGAUGACUGUCUGGAUCUGUUCUCAUGAAGCAGUGGCUUUGUUGGACGAUCGGAUGAUGGCAUUGCUCUUUUGUGGAUCUUUAAGUGCCGAUUAUUUGUUUUAAUAUGCAGAGGCUGAGGCCUGUAUCACAAAGAUCACCACACUAAGCUACACUGGGCCUGGUUUAACUCAAUACAUGUGUUAGAAAUGAGAAUACAGCCAGUGCAGUGAUGACUGAGCUCACUGGAACAAUGGAGCCAUCAUUUCUAUAGCAUCCCAACACGGACAGAAUUGCUGCUUUUACAUUAAAAUGACAAUAAAGACUUCUUAUGUAUCAGCA